UUGUUUACAUUCUCGAAGAACGAAAUACUGUUGUAGGUUUGUGUUACCGUUGUAACUUAUUGUAAUGUAAUGAAAAUACGCGUAAAGUUUUAAAUAUUGUAAUAAGAUAAUCACUUUUAUGCACUUAACCGUUACUAAUAGGGCAUAAUGGAUCCAUUGUUUAAAGCCCUUAGCGACUUUCGUCGACGGAAGUUUGAAUUAUGUGCAGAUCAGUGUACCGAAUUGUUGGAAAAAAAUCCAUUUGAUCAGGCAGUAUGGUGCUUGAAAAUGCGUUCUUUGACUGAGCAAGUUUAUGUAGAUGAUCUUGAAACAGAUGAAGAAGGAAUCGCAGAAAUGUUAAUGGAUGAAAAUUCAAUAGCACAAAUUUCUCGCCCUGGAACUUCACUCAAAACUUCUGGUCGACCUCAAGGAACUAGUCAGUCUGUAAGACCAGUCACACAGUCUGGAAGACCACUCACUGGUGUUUUGAGACCAGGAUCUCACACUGGACGGCCUGGAACAGUUGAGCAAGCAGUGAGAACUCCUAGAACUGCUCGUACUGCAAGACCUGUAACCAGCUCUUCUGGCAGAUAUGUUAGACUGGGCACUGCUUCCAUGUUGUCACAACCUGAUGGACCCUUUAUCAAUCUCCCAAGACUUAAUAUUUCUAAAUAUUCUGCAAACCCUAACCUUGCUAAAGCCUUGUUUGAAUACAUCUAUUAUCAUGAGAAUGAUGCUAGACAUGCUUUAGAUCUUGCAGCACAGGCUACUCAGGCAUGUCAGUACCAAGACUGGUGGUGGAAACUGCAAUUAGGGAAGUGUUAUUACAGGUUUGGAAUGUAUAGAGAUGCUGAAAGGCAGUUUAAAUCAGCUGUGAAACAGCAAGAAAAUGUGGAUAGUUAUCUUUGGCUGGGAAAGGUUUAUAUUCGAUUAGACCAACCUCUAGCAGCCCUUGAGGUUUAUAAGCAUUCGUUAGGAAACUUUCCAGGUGAAACGAGUCUUCUAACCAGUAUUGCUCGGAUAUAUGAGGCUCUGAAUGACAUGAAUCUUGCCGUAAAGUAUUAUAAGGAUGUUCUCCAGUUUGAUGCUAUAAAUGUAGAAGCAAUAGCCUGCAUAGCAACUCAUCAUUUUUAUUCUGACCAGCCAGAGCUAGCACUAAGAUUUUAUAGGUAA